GGGGAAGCGCCCAGUGGCCCCGGCUCCGCCGCACCCGCCGCUGCUGCCGCCGCCGCCGCCCAGGGCCACCAUGAGCGAGGACGCCUCGGACGUGCCCAGAGAGUUGCUAGAAAGCAUCAAAGAUGUUAUUGGGAGGAAGAUUAAAAUAUCAGUGAAGAAGAAAGUAAAGCUAGAAACCAAGGGUGACAAAGUGGAUAACAGAAUAUUGGUUCUUGCAUCAUGCCGGGCCUUUCUUCUAACAUCCCGCAUUCCCACCAAGCUAGAACUAACUUUCAGCUAUUUAGAAAUCCAAGGAAUAACUUCCAGUAAGCCAGGGCAGUUAAUUGUAGAAAUGGAGAAAUGCAACAUUUCCAUGAAGAUGGCAUCAUCAGAAGAUGUGAAUGAAGUGUUGGCACACAUUGGAACAUGUCUCAGGAAGAUAUUCCCUGGUCUGUCACCAGUGAGAAUUAUGAAAAAAGUUACCAUGGAGCCCUCAGAAAGACUGGCUAAUCUCCAGGCACUAUGGGAGAGCCAGACUGUGGCAGAACUGGGCCCUUGUGGGGGCUUUUCACAAAUGUACGCAUGUGUUUGUGACUGGCUUGGAUUUCCUUAUAGAGAAGAGGUACAGUGGGAUGUGGAUACAAUUUAUCUAACACAAGAUACAAGGGAGUUGAAUUUGCAAGACUUCAGCCAUCUUGACCACAGAGACUUAAUACCUAUAGUUGCUGCCCUGGAAUACAAUCAGUGGUUUACAAAACUGUCCUCCAAAGAUCUGAAAUUGUCCACCGAUGUCUGUGAGCAGAUCCUAAGAGUGGUCAGUAGGUCCAAUCGGUUGGAAGAACUGGUAUUAGAGAAUGCUGGGCUGAGAACUGAUUUUGCACAGAAACUAGCCAAUGCCCUAGCCCAUAAUCCUAACUCAGGACUUCAUACCAUUAACCUUGCUAAUAACCCACUUGAGGACAGAGGUGUAUCCUCUCUAAGUGUCCAAUUUGCCAAACUUCCAAAGGGACUGAAACAUUUAAAUGUAUCUAAAACCUCAUUGUCACCUAAAGGGGUGAAUAGUCUUUCCCAGUCAUUGAGUGCCAACCCACUAAUUGCAAAUACUCUCAUCCACCUUGACCUCUCAGGGAACGUUCUCCGGAGUGAUGAUCUCUCAAACUUAUACAGUUUUUUGGCCCAGCCAAACGCCCUGGUUCAUCUGGAUUUAUCCAACACGGAGUGUGCACUAGACAUGGUGUGUGGGGCUCUUCUUCGUGGAUGCCUUCAGCACCUAGCUGUUCUCAGCCUAUCCAGGACAGUUUUUUCUCACAGGAAGGGAAAAGAAGUCCCCCCAUCUUUCAAACAGUUUUUCAGCAGUUCACUUGCUCUGAGGCAGAUCAACCUUUCGGGAACCAAACUUCCACCUGAGCCUCUAAAAGCACUCUUAUUAGGCCUGGCUUGUAAUCAUAACGUGAAGGAGGUAUCUUUAGAUCUCAGUAGCUGUGAGCUUGGUCACUGUUUGAGAUCAGGAGGUGCACAAGUUUUGGAAGGAUGCAUUGCAGAAAUACACAAUAUCACCAGUCUAGACAUUUCAGACAAUGGCCUAGAAUCUGAUCUCUCAACCCUUGUAGUCUGGCUUAGUAAAAACCGAUCAAUAAGACACUUGGCAUUGGGAAAAAAUUUUAACAACAUGAAAUCUAAAAAUCUUACUCCUGUACUUGACAAUUUAGUACAAAUGAUCCAAGAUGAGGAUUCACCUUUGCAGUCACUGUCCCUCGCAGAUUCCAAGUUAAAGACUGAGGUUACCAUAAUUAUCAAUGCACUGGGCAGCAAUACUUCUCUUACAAAAGUGGAUAUUAGUGGAAAUGGAAUGGGAGACAUGGGGGCAAAGAUGCUCGCCAAAGCCCUCCAGAUAAACACCAAACUCAGAACUGUAAUAUGGGACAAGAAUAACAUCACUGCACAGGGCUUUCAGGAUAUAGCAGUGGCAUUGGAAAAGAAUUAUACUUUGAGGUUCAUGCCAAUACCUAUGAAUGAUGCUUCUCAAGCACUUAAAACAAACCCUGAAAAGACAGAAGAUGCACUGCGAAAGAUAGAAAACUACUUACUUCGUAAUCAUGAGACCAGAAAAUACCUACAGGAGCAGGCAUACCGGUUGCAGCAAGGCAUUGUAACUAGUACCACACAACAGAUGAUUGACAGAAUAUGUGUUAAAGUACAAGAUCAUCUCAACUCUUUAAGAAACUGUGGUGUGGAUGCUGUACAGGAAGAUCUAAAAUGUGCAGAAAGGCUUAUGCGGGAUGCUAAGAACUCGAAAACAUUGUUGCCGAACUUAUACCACCUCGGUGGACCUUCUUGGGCAGCAGUGAAUGGUUCGUUAUCCAAUCCAAUACAGGAGACGUUAGAAUCCAUGGCUGGGGAAGUCACAAGAGUUGUGGAUGAGCAACUUAAGACACUACUUGAGUCUAUGGUGGACGCAGCUGAAAACCUUUGCCCAAAUGUGAUGAAAAAAACCAACAUACGGCAAGACCUAAUUGAAGCUAGCACUGAGAAGAUUUCUAUUCCUCGUACGUUUGUGAAAAAUGUCCUCUUGGAACAGUCUGGAAUUGACAUCCUCAACAAAAUUAGUGAAGUAAAGCUGACAGUGGCUUCUUUCCUAUCUGAUCGAAUUGUAGAUGAAAUCCUGGAUGCGCUUUCACAUUCCCAUCAUAAACUGGCUGACCAUUUGACAAGACGUGGGAAGCCACUUCCACAUCAGGAGUCACUAGAGAUUGAAUUAGCUGAAGAGAAACCAACUAAACGCUCCAUCAUCACAGUUGAGGAUCUGACUGAAAUAGAACGUUUGGAGGAUCUAGACACUUGUAUGACUCUCUGCUGUACAAGUAUGACUCCUAAAUCUAAAAGGAAAAGCAUCCACAGCCGAAUGCUCCGUCCUGUAUCUAGAGCUUUUGAAAUGGAAUUUGACCUAGACAAAGCACUGGAAGAAGUACCUAUCCAUAUAGAAGACCCACCAUUCCCUUCCAGCAGGCCAGACAAACGAACUUCUGGAUUCAUCUCAGAGCUGCCAUCUGAGGAAGGGAGAAAACUGGAACACUUCACAAAAUUAAGGCCAAAAAGGAACAAAAAACAGCAACCCACCCAAGCAUCAGUGACUGCAACAGUACCUCAUGAAGGAGAACAGAAUGGCCUUAUGGGUAGAGUGGAUGAAGGUGUGGAUGAAUUUUUCACUAAGAAAGUGACAAAGAUGGAUUCAAAGAGACCAUCAGUAAAAAGUUCCGACACCAAUGAGUCUAGUGAAACAGGUGAUGAAAAGAAGAAAAGAGAUUCUAGGAAAAGUGGCUUUCUCAACUUAAUCAAGUCAAGAUCCAAAUCUGAGCGUCCUCAAACUGUCUUAGUGGCAGAGGAGCCUGCAUCACCUAAGGGUAUCGUCAAAAGCCCAGCUGUGGACAUUUCCAAGAAGGAGCUCAAAUCAGCCGAACAGAACGGCAGUGCAGAGCGAGUGGAGGAACUGAAAACGCCAGACUCUCUAGAGGAGACUCAGCCAGAGGAUGCCACAAAGCCCGAAAAGAGUGACAACAAAGGCAGCCCCCAAGGUGGGCGGAGGUAUGGAGUGCAAGUGAUGGGCAGCGGACUCCUAGCAGAAAUGAAAGCCAAGCAGGAGAAGAGAGCGGCCUCAGCUCAGAAGAAAUUUGGAAAUGAUGUAGUUUCCCGGGAUUCAUAUGAUACUACAGCAAGUGCAGAACGACAGGAUGGCAACAGUUCAGUGCCUAAGCUCCAGCAGACCCUUCCAGAGAACCGUUUUGCCUUGAGUAAAGGUGACUCCAUUGUGGCACCAGCAGAAAAAAAUAUCAAAAUGGAACCGAAGGCAGAAGCCAGUGCAAAGGCUCGAAGUUCUUCCAAUACACCAACAAGCCCGAAGCCCCCGCUGCAGUCAGCAAAGCCCAGCCUGACUGGACGACCCACAGUCCCCCAGAAGCCACGCUCUGCCUCUCGAACUGAAGACCUCCCAGAGUCUCCAUCUGGCCCAGGUUCCCCUAAAGUUGCUCUGCUUCCACCUGUGCUAAAGAAAAUUACUUCUGAUAAAGAAAAAGAUGGUCAGAGCAGCCCCCAGCCCACAAUCAGAUCCCUCUCCCAAGAAGAGCAAACAGGAGAUUAUAACAAAAGAGAUACAGAUCUUGACUGUGAGAAGCCAGCCAGUGGAGGCAAAAGAAUCUCAAGACAAUACUCUACCAGUGCAGAAGAGGAAGUGAAUGAGCAUGGGCACAGGAAAUCACAGGCAACAACUGCUGCAAAAAGAAGCCCUGGACAUCAGCCCCAUGAGUACCAGGAGCUUAAACAGAGGUCCUUAAAUAAAGAUUCCCAUCAGGGAAGCAAGUCCAGUGACUCUGGAGAGGAAGCGGAUAAAGAUUUUAUUUUUGUUUAGCUAUCAGUACAAGUGCUUGGUAGUGCGAGAUCCUUUAUAGCAAUCAGGGUACAGCAAUCAAUGACCCUUCUUACCAGCCACUGUUUCACCAUGGGUGCAUUUUCCUAUAGAACUCUAGAGGAUCAUGAUUUAUAGUUCAAUCAGUAUGCAUUUAUUUUUGUCUUUAAUUUCAGUUAUGUAUGAUUUCAGACAUUCCUUUCCAUGCCUUUGCUAAAGCCAGCAAUCAUUUCGUGUAUUCUACUUGAAUUUCUCUGAAGCAGCUACAAAGCAUGCCCUGCAUUAGGGCAUUGAGAAAGCAAAGCAAAUUAACUGGACAUUGUCUUACACUAAUACACUGUACAGCAGGUAAUGUGUUGUACUGCUGAAUGUAAAUGUGUCAAUUCUGCACGUGACUUAACUAUAAAUAUAUUCUUGCGGUAUGCAAUUGCACAUUGUAAUUAUAUUAACAGAGCACACUAAUAAAAUAAUUUGUAUAAAUUAUAUAUAUUAGAUGCUUGGGUAUGGUUUUUACAUUCUCCCCUAGGGAGCUCCUUUCUUCCUGUUAUUGUACUGUACAUAAAACUCAAACCCUUACAUUUGUGUACUGUCAAAAAGCACAACAAAGAAAAAUCUGAAUGAAAUAUAAUCUUGUUAUGCUUCCACAUUCAUAUAUUAAUGUAUAUAAUUGAUUGGAAUGAGGGCAUUUAACAUUUUAUUAAUAUUGGUGUUUUCUAGAGGCCUUCUUAAGUUCUGUCUGCAUAUUAGCUUACUUUUAAAGUGUAAUUCUAUAAGAAAAAUAGUUUGACACCUGUAAAAACAAUUCUGCUUUUUUGCAUAUUUCACAAACGUUCACUUACAUUACAGGUCAAAGGGAUUUUAUUCAUAUGUAUAUUUGUACCAAUAAAAUGAUUUUACAACUGA